AUGAGUAUCCCGAUCUGUAUCACGAUACCGACCACGAAGUACAUUCCAAUUAACGUGGCACCGGCGGUCGUAGCUAAACCGUCGCCCAACGCCACCACAACGGCGGUGAAGCCGUUGGCUAAGAGGCCAGCAGCAAUGGUUGUACCUUCGUUGGUGGUUUCGGAUGACGAAUCUUCCUCGAUGGAUGAGUUUAUCGUACGCGGCAAAAAACGCCGCCUGGACCAUUUGACAUGGGAGGAAAAGAUUCAGCGAAAGAAGUUGAAAAACCGAGUCGCCGCUCAAACAUCACGCGACCGCAAGAAGGCCAAAAUGGAAGAAAUGGAAAAGACGAUCCAGGAGCAGUCGGAACAGAUUGUGCAACUUCAGAACCGGUGCAGCGCACUGGACACCGAGAAGUGUGCCAUCUACGACAAGUAUUUGGACCUUGAGCGACGGUUCGAUGACCUGCAGCAGCGGCUGCUGGUACAGGAACACAAAGUAAAGGAGGAGCCGAAGGAAGACGACGUUGUCGUUGGUGGCAGUGUGGGUUGCGUAACUGCCGGGCGCCAAACGGGAUCAGCAGCAUCCCCACGAUGCCCUCAGCAGCAGGGACUGUACAAGAGCGGUCCGGCGGAAACGCAAACGACACUGCCCCCGACAGCGAACGAUCCGCGGCUAGCAGCCCUGUGGAAGAUCAUUGCGAUCUGCCUGCUCUACAAGACAUGUUCGAAAAUUUCGACGUCUCCCAGCUCGAAGAACUUGCCGAAACACUACUCGCAGGUGUCGGCGCAGACCUGGAAGACAUUGAUCGCCCAGGCUGCCCGGCUGAUGCCGAAGGCGAGUGCCCCGGCCAGCGCCUGUCUGGAUCAGUGGUGGGGCCCACAGCAGAACUCGUGGAAUCCGGUCGACCGGAGACCCUUGUGGGAACUCGUCUAAUUCUUACCACGCACAACUACAGCAAGUCGCCAUUUUACGAGCUAGCUGAGCAAACGACCGAACCGAAAAAGGAACAGGAACGACACGACGC